AUGUUAACAUCAUCGAAGCUCUUCAGUAGUCAAUCAUUAUUGGAAUGUAUCAAACUAAAAUUUAUAUUUAGAAUGUCUUAUGGAUAUUUCUUCCAAAAUUUUACUUGACUCUACUAUUGAAUCAAAUAGAGAUUCAAAAAACAUCAUCUUUAGCAGAAUAAAAGAAAUAACUCUUGAAGCAUUUUCUAAAUAAUUUACAGAUGAGAUCCAUCAUUUGUAAGCAGAACUUAGAUCUGAAUAAGCUCUAAAUGAUUCAAUUAGAAGGGAAUUUUUAGAAAGAGAACAAAGAAUUUAAUAAGAUUUUGAUUCUAAACAAAGAGAGUUUUAAUUAUAGUAAAUUAGAGAAAUUCAAAAUCUUUAAGAUUUACUUGAAGCUCAAGAAUCCUAAUUUUAAGUAUUCAUUUAAUUAAAAUUAGAAAUAUCAAUCAUAAAAUGAGAAACUUAAUAAAUAACUAAAAGACAUGUAAAACAGAGAGAUAUAAUUAUAAAAUGAAAAUAUAAGAAUAAAAGAAAAUCUGUAAUUGAUUGAUUAACGAAAUAAAUCAAUGAGUUCAGAUAUAAAUGAAUACAGAUAAAAAAAUGAAGCAUUAAAUUAAUUAAAUCAAUAAUUAGACAGGUAAAAUAGAGAUUUUAAAAUUGAAUUUGAAAAGGUUCUAAAAGAACUAUCAGAUUUGAAAAAAAAAUCUUAGUAAUAUAUUGAUCUUAAUGUUGAACUAGAUUAAGAAAUGGAAUAAUUAAAAAAUGAAAAUGAAAGAUUAAAAAGUAAAAAAUUAUAAGAUUAAUAAAAAUCUAAAGAGUUAUUAGAUUAAUUAAAAGAAAAGAGUAAUUAUAAGAUUAAUGAUUUAAAAAAUAAAUUAAAUUAAGCAUAGAAUAUACAAUUAUAUUAGUAGCAAUAAUUAGAAGAAUUUUAAGAAUAAAUUAAGGAAUCUGAAAAUUAAUUAAAUUAAUUACAAUUAAAUCAUAAAUAAUCUACAAAAUCAUUGGAACAAUAGUUUAAAAACUAAUUUCAGGAAAUAGAAAAUCAAUUUUUAAAUGAAAAAUAAAUUAUAGAAGAUAAUUUAACAAUUAAAUAUGAAUAAUUACUUAUAUCUAAAGAAAAGUUGAUAUAAGACUAAAACAGAGAACUUAAAUAAAUAAAAGAAAAGUUCUAUUAAUAUAAUUUAGAAUUUGAUGGUUUGCAAAGAUAAUGUCAACACUCAUAGUAGUAAGUUAUAUAAUUGUAAAAUGAAAUAUAGUAAUUAAAUAUACAUGCAGAAGAAGUUGAAAAAUAAAACAGGGAAUUAGAUUUAGAGAUUUCAAAAAAGGACUUAAAAUUAAAAAAUUUAUUAUUAGAGUUAGAUGAUAUUAAAAUAACUUCAGAAUAAACUAAUAAUACUUUAAAAAUGAAUCAAAAUUAAUUUAAUGAUAUUGAGAAAGAGAAAUAAUAAUAUUAAAAGUUAUUUUAAUAAAUUUCUGAUGGAUUAUAAAUAGAAAUUACAGGAAGUUUUUCAUAUUAAAAAUUGGGUUAAAAAGUGGAAUUGAAAUUGAAGCAAUUAAAGGAUGAAUAAUCACAAAAAUAAGAAGAAUUAAAAAAAAUAAAAGAAUAACUUAAUUUAGAGAUUUUAGAAAAAGAAUAAAAAACGAAAUUAUUACAAGAAUAUUUUAAUGAUGAAAACAAUAAAUUAUAAAAAAUAAUUUCAGAAUAAUAAUUGGAGAAUAGAAAAUAAAAGAAUGAAUUCAAAUAAAAGUUAGAUGAAUAAAAUAAAAUUAUUAUUGAAUUAUAAAAGGAUCAAAUUGAAUGUAACAAUUAAUAAGAAUUUUUAUAAAUAUAAAAUUAAGAACUAGCUUAAGAUCUUGAAAAAAUUAAUGAAGAAUUAAUAGCAGCAAAAUAAGAUAUUAAUGAUUUAUUAAAUAGAGAAUAAUUUAAUACUGAAGAUUCAAAAUAAAUAAUAAAUUAAAUCUUAAAUGAAAAGAAUUAGAUUUAAUUACAAUAUGAAGAAGCAUUAUUUAAGCAAAAAACAUUUAAAUAAAGAAUUUAUCGUGUAUUAAAUAGACAAAGAGAAUUAAUGAAUAUACAAAUUUAGGAAAUUAAAAAUAUGUUUGUAAAUAAAUUAAAGCAAGUAGAAAGUGAAUGCAAAAUAAUAUUAUAAAGUUUAUAUAAAUAGCAAUUAAUUAUAACUGAGAAUAAAAUAUAAAUGAUAGAAGCAGAGAAGGAAUAUGAAAUAGAAUAAAUGAAUUUAGAUAUAGAAUAAAAAAUAGAAAAUCUUAAAUAAUAAUUUAAAUAAUAGGAAUUAUUAUUAUAAGAGGAAGGCUAAUUAAAAUUGAAAUAAAAAUAAUAAUAAAUUGAAUAACUUGUUAUGUCAAAAACUAAUGAUAUAGAAUUACAAAAUCAAAUUUAAUUAUUAAAUAGGGAAAAUGAAGAAUUAUAGAAAUAGUUAUUACUUUAAGAAUAAUUGUAAAUUGAAUAAAAAUAAAAUUAUGAAUUAGAAUUAUAUAAUCUUAAUAAAUUAAUUAAAGAAUAAUAGGAGGAAUUGUAAAUAUUUAUAUAUAAUUUAGAAUAUCUUAAUAAUAAUUUUCAGAAUAAACUAUGAAUAGAGAAAGGCAAUACUUUGAAUAAAGAUAUCAAGAUCUUAAAUAAAGAUAGGAUAAAAAAAUGGAAUAAAUUCAAUCAGAUUAUCAACUUCAAAUUAACCAAUUAGAGAAUAUAAUUCAACUACCUUAAAAAUAAAUAUCACCAAAUAAAAUAACUCAUAAAUCUCCAUUUUAAAAAUAAUCAAUGUUAACAUGUAUCUUAAAAAUAUAAAUUUAGCAAAUAAAUAAUUUAAUUGUAGUAGUACAGUUAUUAGUACUGGAAUUAAGACUCCAAAUAAGUAAAUAUAAUAAAUCGAUAAUACAGAGAAAACAAUUGAUGAAUUGAGAUUAGAAAUACAAUAACAAAAAGAGAAAUUAAGUAAAAUGAAAUUAUCAUUUACAGAGAGUUAGAAGAAACCUUAUAGGAGAUCUUGA